AUGACAGGCUGCGAACUUAAUUACUCGCCAGUAGAAAAGGUGUGUUGGGCCCUAGAAUGGGUCACUAAGAGGCUAAGGCGUUACAUACAAGCUCACACAAUCAAGUUAGUAUCAAGACUCGAUCCAAUUCGUCAUUUAUUCCAGAAAACGUUUUUGUCUCCGAGAUUAGCUAAGUGGAUGAUGAUGAUAUCAGAGUACGAGAUCGUGUACACAGUUCAUAAAUCUAUUAAGGGAAGCGUUGUAAUAGAUUUUCUCGUAGACCAACCAAUCAAAGUUAAAGACGACGAGGAGUUAGAAUUUCCAAACGACGAAGUGAUGACUAUUAACCCUACAACCAGGAAGCUACUAUUCGAUGAAUCUUCAGAUAAGCAAGGCUAUGAUAUCGGAAUACUACUCAUUGAUCCUAUGGAAAAAUACAACCCAAUCUCAGUCAAGCUCGAAUAUUUCGUGACAAAAAUGAAGUAG